ACUCAACCGUUAGUCGCCAUUUUGAGAAGUUCGACCUGCGAAUACCGGCAGGAGGUGAUUGCGACGCAGCAGACCUAUAACGUAUUUGGUAUUUUAAUAAUAGUUUUCGCUAAAAUAAGAAUCAAUGUCUCGAUUUAACAAUAAUCGCGGCGGACUUGGGAUGAAUCAUUUCCAGCAACGCAGAGGCGGUGGGCCUGGCGGCCCGAUGCGGGGUGGAGUAAUGGGAAACCCGAAUUUCAGGAAUCAUCCAUUUCAAAAUCAGAACCAAAAUCGGAGGGGACCAAAUAACAACUUCAACAAACCGCCUAAUCAGGGACCACAGACGACUCCCCAUAAGCCACAACAGACCCAGUCGUUGCCUAUCAUUCCUCCACCGAGCCCAGGCCCCGCUCUCACGAUGAAGGGCCCGAUGCAGCAGCAGCAGAAACCGGUACAGCAACAGAAACCGACAACUCCAGUGCCUCAACCGAAGAUUCAGUCCCCACCGCCGAAACCUAACAUGACCUCCCCUCAACCGAAUCAGGCAAACAAGAAUCAGAACCAGAACCAGCAACUGAAGUCACCGGUAGGAAACGCUAACGGACAGCAGCAAAAGCAGCCUCCACACCCGAGCCCAAAGGCCGGGCCACAGCAGGGCCAGAAGACAGGCCCCCAACAAGGCCAGAAGACAGGUCUUCAACAAGGCCAGAAGACAGGCUUCCAACAAGGCCAGAGGACAGGGCCUGGCGCCAUGAAGCCUAAAGAGGAACCAGAGAAAAAGGCCAUGAACACAGCCAAACCAGAGUCAGACGAGGGUCAGGCACAGGAGGGGUUUAGAGCAACGCUGUCCAUGCUGCUGAAACCCGGCGAGAAGACAUACACACAGCGGUGUCGCCUGUUCAUUGGUAACCUGCCCAGCGACAUCACAGAGGAGCAUUUUAAAAAGCUCUUUGCUAAAUAUGGAGAGCCCAGUGAAGUCUUCAUCAACAAAGGCAAAGGCUUUGGUUUCAUCCGAUUGGAGUCUCGUGCACUUGCAGAGAUAGCAAAGGCAGAGCUGGAUGAUACGCCAAUGAGAGGUAGACCUCUGCGUGUCCGGUUCGCCACACACUCUGCAGCCUUGUCUGUAAAGAACCUGUCACCAUUCGUCUCCAAUGAGCUCCUAGAAGAAGCUUUCUCACAGUUUGGAAUGGUGGAGAGGGCCAUUGUCAUUGUAGAUGAUCGUGGGCGUUCCACAGGCAAGGGCAUUGUUGAGUUUGCCUCCAAACCUGCAGCCAGAAAGGCCCUAGACCGGUGCAACGAGGGCGUUUUCCUGCUCACCACGUCACCAAGGCCUGUUAUUGUUGAGCCUCUGGAACAGUUUGAUGAUGAAGAUGGUCUUCCAGAGAAAUUGGCACAGAAAAACCCCAGAUAUCAAGCAGAGCGGGAGGAACCUCCUCGCUUCGCUCGUCCAGGCACUUUUGAGUUUGAGUACUCUAAGCGGUGGAAGUCGCUCGACGAAAUGGAGAAGCAGCAGAGGCAGCAGGUGGAGAAGAACAUGCGGGAGGCCCGUGAGAAGCUAGAGAGUGAGAUGGAGGACGCUUACCACGAGCACCAGGCCAAUCUACUCCGACAAGAUUUGUUGAGGCGACAGGAGGAACUGCGGCGCAUGGAGGAGCUGCACAGUCAGGAAAUGCAGAAGAGGAAGGAGAUGCAGCUCAGACAAGAGGAAGAGCGACGCAGGAGGGAGGAGGAGAUGCUUCGUAAGAGGGAGAUGGAAGAACAGAUGCGCCGUCAGCGUGAGGAGAACUACAGGAUGGGCAACUUCAUGGAUAGGGACAGGGAAAUGAGAAUGGGUGCCGGCGGAGCUAUGGGCAUGGGAGAUAUGCCCUUUGGUGCAUCCAACCAGAAGUUCCCCAUGGGUGGAAUGGGCUUUGAGGGACAGCAGGGAAUGGGACCAUCCUCAGGAGGCUUGAUGGGCAACGAAAUGCGCAAUGAGCGCUUUGCCCAGGGUGGUCCUAGGGGGAUGGGUCCUGGUAACCCCGGUUAUGGCAGGGUCCGUGAGGAGUUUGAUGGUCCUACUAAGAAACCCCGUUUUUAAACGCUGCUCUUUGAUGCUCCCAGCAGCAACAUUUGUAUAGAUUCUCCAAAACGAACAUGUUGAGUCGUAUUUCCUGUAUUUAAGUUUAAAUUGUUGCUACAUUUUAGCCUGACAAUUUGCUCAUUUUAUGACAAAGUCAAUAUUUUCAUUUUUUAUUUUGUAUUGUCAGUAGUAUGGAAAGGUAGGUCAUCAACUGACCGGUUAGUUCUUUCUGACCCAUGUACGAUUUUCUUUUCUAGAUGUAUUAUGCUCUGUGAGUCGUCGUGAAGUGAUGAUUGUAACAUUUUUCUCAACUUUCUAUGGCUGUGUUUUGUGCCAUACAUUUGCAGUCAAAGCAUGUACUAUAAUAAAGAUAAAUUGGUUCCAUCAGGACAAACCUUUAACGUUUAUUCCUAAAAGUCGAAAACGAACCUUAGGUUCUAAAAGCAAACCAGGUGGUUGUUUGCUCAGAUGAAAUGAUGUGGAUACAUCCGCCCAAUUAAGCCUUAAAGGGUCUAUGUGUUAUCUCUGCCACAAUCCUGACCUUUUUCCUUCAGUGAUGCAUAUAAUGCAAUUAUAAAAUAAAUAAAUAAAUAAAAAAACACAGGGCGUUGCCCUGCCUGAAGUGGACGCUCACUUUAAAUGCUCCAUCUCGUCCUUUUAUUUUCUUCCAAUCAAAUUAAGUCAACUAGCCGACACUUGUUACAAGCAGGUACCCCCCAAUUAAAAAACUUUAUAAGUUUAUUAUAUUCCAAAGAGGUAAUUAAGCAGAGACAUAAAAAGUGCAGAAUGGCACUGGUAAGACAUUUAGCAUCUGCGCAGAUGUCUAUAGAUCAGACAGCACCCAGCACUUACCGACUAAAUUGUACAGGAGGCUCAAUUUAUUUUAUAUUAUUAAAAUGCAACUUUGUGGUUCCAUUCGAACACUGCACUCUGUGUGAGAGAGAAAAGUUGUUGACCAUGUUUCAUGAAGUAACUCUGUUUUUACAGCCGUGCUUCAGGAAAGCAGAAAUACUACACAUAGAACCUUUAAGACAGCCUGUGGUGAAGUGUGUGGUUGUAGGUUUAUCAAGUGGUCCUUACGAACACAUUCUGCUCGUAUCACAUUCUCAGCCUGUCACUGACACACAGUUAACAUUAGUGUGUCUUGUGUGCAUGUUUUUGAGCCUGGGAUUAUUGACUACGUUUACAUGCAGUCCAGUAUAUUGAAAGAAACUACACCUACAGUUAGUGUUGCCCCCUGCUCAGAGGCUGGAUUUUGUUUUUAAAUUGACAACCCUCUUGCCACUGAGCUACUUUAACAGUGGCCUGGUUGGGGUUUUUUGUAUUUCAUUUUAAUCCUGUGUUGUUGAACACAAGUGUUUCAACUCACUUUUGUUAUUUACAUUGCUGUAAAAUACAGCUCCUGUGCAAAACUGUUUCAGAUUGUACCUGCUGGCCUUUUAUUAAAUGUUUGGUGGCAGAUGUUGGUAAGUAAAUAAGAUGACCAUAAUGUCAUUCCUUCAGUUGGCUACAGUAUAAACAACAGCUGUGUAGACGUUAAUUAGAAAGCAGUUUAUGUCCAGUGAGAUUGGCAGAUUCUCCCUUCACAGACCUGCAUGUAAACGUAGUCUUUUUAGUUGUGGACUUCUGGGGACUACACAGCUCUACAGAGUUGAACACAGUCUUUGCUGAAGGAACUGGCUUAAACUUGUUUCUGGAUCUAAGUCCAUAGUCACACUAUGUACCUUUGCAGGAUUGGCAAGGAUCUAAGUUAGAUGUGUGUAAUCAUAUGUAGUGCUCAGGUGUGAGAUCAUAACAUCCACCACAAACUAAAACAAAUAUGUAUUACAGUUCUGUCUGUGGAUGAAAAUGUCAGUUCUUACUUGUAAGAACAAGAUCACCCCCUCAGACGGGUCAAAGUGACAAAUUAUUUUUACUUCUUGUCUUGUAGACUAUUGUGUAACAUACAAAAGUCAGUGGGCAAUGCUGUUUUGUUUUGUUUUUUUAAAAAAAAACAAAGAAUAAAAAUCCUAAACCUGCAUAAGCAGUACUUCUCUGACAAGAAGAGUUCUUAAGGUCCAGGUUCUUCUUCCAGAGUCUCAACGCACUAGCUUUCAGAUUUAUUAGUUAUAUUUAUGCCCCACACCCCUGUGGAGUACAGGAAUUAGAUGCAAGCUAAAUUGCAUGGAUGAAGCUCAUACUGGAAUUUACAGCCUGUCUCUGUUGCCCCUUUUCCACUUUUUGUCACUGUCGAGACAAAAUGAUGAUGCUUCACAUUCUCAAGUUUGUGGAUCUCCUUUUACAUCCUGACAGUUCACAGAAAGAUGUCUGAUCAGCUUUUUAAUGGAUAAAUAGUCUAAUAAUAGACUAAUAAGCUUUUAAACUGAAUUAUUUUUCCAUGUAUAUUAUGUUGCAGAGAUUCAUUCUUAAAAGAUAAUGGCAUAAACCAGCAAUAUGUAGUUACUGUUGGUAAUAGACAAUCCCCAGUAUGUUACUUGGCACAGCUGAGGACAGUGCUUUCAUAAAUGUUUUCCUCUAGUUCUGCUUUUGACUCAUUUUUGGACCUUGGACAAUGGAUACACUUGCCUCUAAUCGUGAACUGGUUUACAUUUGAAUGUGUCUAAAUAGCUGCAUUAAUGUCAUCUUCGGAAAUAUUACAAGUAGCAGGAGCCAACAAACUGUAUCAAAAGAUAUAUUUUAAUAGUUUUCAGAGUCUGGGUAACUCAAUAAUUGCUUACCAGCACUGUCUGCCUUCUAACCAGGCAUCAUGAUCAUCAUCAUUAACAUGAUUUAAUUACGAACACACAAGAUGUCUCCUAUUUCACUGAAAAGUCUGUUUAUCAUAUGUACUCUGGACUCGUAUUUUGGUCUACCAUUUGUUUCCACACUGGCUGUGAUGUCACAAAAUACUCAGAAACUUCCCUCUCCGGCAGAUGAACGUGGAAAUGGUCUUCUAGUGUCAAACUACAUCACAGCAGAUUGAAGUUUUAAUGCUCCUUGAUAAUGUCACUUUGCGUUUGAAAUUCACUCUGCAGCCCACUCUGGUCCCUCCCUAAGUAACAAUGUCAGUACCUAUCUAGAGGGAUUAUGACAUCACUUUGGCAUCAGAUGGACACCCGCCUCCGUUCACUGACUUGUCUUGGCAAGCAUUUUUCAUAGUUACAAAGUAGGUGGGGUUGGACUGAAACAGUCGGUGUAAGUAUGAGACGAAGCACAUUUCAUGUACCUUAAUUAUUACAUUUAAAUGCACUUCGUGAGCCAGUCAUAGUCUGCAGAACUUGACUACGGUUUUGUGGACAGUUACAUUACUUCAUUAUGGCUUCUGUUGUUGGCUACUGACAUUUGUUUUCAAUCCUUAAACCUUUGCCAUACUUUUCCUCAUGCCAUUCUUUAACUCAUUCUCAAGAUGAACUAUAAGUGGCUUUCCACCCUAAGUUUGGAGUCACUUGCGUCACACCUCUUUUGUUAACUGUCCAAUGGCUGACAUUUGGACCUGUAGCAGGACGACAGUGCAUCUUAUAGCAGUUUGUCAAAUAGCUCAACACUGCCAAGACACCAAGAACCUCUAAAUUUAUUUGAGGUGUUCUUGUUGUGUAAAAAAUGAUAAUGCACCCUGCACAAUAACUAUAAAAGAUAUUUAAGAAUUUUUACUUGCUUAUAAAAAAUAUCUCAGGUAGCAGCUGAGAACCCUGCAAAACACAUCUGUAAUAGCUUCUAAACAGAAGACUACAGAUAUUUGGGAGGAUUCCGUAAUACUGUUGGAUAUCAUGGAGUGUACACCUGAAAUGUUACGUGUGUUUGUGUUAUGUAAAUUUUUUCUUUAACAGGUUUGACCAGCUUUAAAGAUUGUGGACUGUGGAGGAAUUUGUGGCUGUGUAGCGUGGACUCAUGAAUACUUGAGCAAAACAACCUAAACACUGGACUUGUGUGAUUUAGCAAGAUUCAGCUGGCACUGUGCAAACAUUACAGAGGAACUAUGCACAGAAGUUUGGAGCAAGGAAGCCAUUUGUCAUCAACACAUUUGGACUCUUGGAUCAGUGUAGUACAGUUCGAAACUCGGAUUACAAUGCAGAUUUGGCCAUGUGGCAUUCACACUGCACAACAAAUUCCUGUGAAACCUAUAGAUAGAACAAUUGCUCUGGUAAACCUUUGAUUGUUUGGAACACAGUUGACUUAAAGUUGCAACUUAAUAGAUUUUGGUGAUAUCAGAUUUCCAAAUGUUUGAACCUGGUUCGUAGAGAAUUAUAUUCUGCUCUUGUGUCUAAAACGUGAGUAUUUACAUCUUUUAUCAAAUGAUAUGGAUAAGUAAAUUCUAACACUUUGUAUUUCUGUUAAUAUUAUUUCUUUGCAGACUUGAGUCAUUACUUUCAUAAACCCUCUGGGAAUAGACUCAGUUUCUGUAGUUACAGGUGCAAAUCUUCUUCUGGCUCCUGUUUACAGCAGCUGUUUGUAGACAAGUGCCAGUGUAUUUGUUAUUUUUCAGAUCUCCUCCUAAAAACUAUUUGUGCAACACUAUAACUGCCUACUGGGGAUUUUUAUUACCCAUGAUCAUGAGGGUUAUUCCAGACUUGAUAUUCUGUAGACGGCCUCUAGUAAGAUAUGUUUAUUUUCUAGGUGACCAAUUUUGUUCUUAAAAUAAUGUAAUGAGAAAGUGUUGGAUGAGGAGCCAUGAGUGUUGAUGCUUUAUUGCUUUAGGAGUAUUUUCUCACAUAAUCGAGAUGGACAAGGACAUUUUUUAGCCCAAUCACUGCAUAAGCUUUAUGACUCUUCUGAAUAGAUUUUUUUUAAGGAACUGUCUGGUGGCCAAUUUUAUGGACGGCAUUUGGAUUUUUUACUUUUCUAUUUAAUUAAAUAUAUUCCCUUGAAGCGAUCCUCUUGAUCACAAAGGGAAAAUUCGAGGGAAAAAGUAAAUGAUACUCAUUACUUUGAACUUAAGAUAAUAACCCUUUUUUUUCUAGUACCAUAAGUCUGAAAAAUGUAGAUGUCAUAUGACUUCUGUAAUAUAAUUUUGUGUAUAGUAAAAUGUUAAAUAAACAUUUUAAAUUAGGUUUUUUAUUUCUAAUUGAUAUCAGGUUAAUUUAGGGUUUUGCUAGUGUAAAAAACAAUUUAAUCAGUUUUCCUUCUCCACACAGCAUUUGAACAUCCAACAAAACAGGACGACAAAUACUCAGGCGGAUUUGGUAAUACAAUUGGACCGAAGUGUAAAUUUUAAAACGUGUAAUGUUAUGUCUGUAUGUUGGUGUUGUGUACCAUUUGUUUUUCUUUAACAGGUUUGACCAUCUUUAAAGGUGUUGGACUAUGAGAAGGAAGUUUCCAUACCAAGAAAUUCAAAGUCAGUGGUAACCAGAGAAUUAGCAGCUGAAGAUUUGUCGCUUCUUUCAUAGCAGAUAUAAGAAUGAAGAACUAUUACUCUCAAGGACCAUAUAGCAUCUGUUUUUGAGAAAUUAACAAUUCGCGAUAGGCAAUGGCUCUAUGACUUGGACUGCAACUUGGGAAGUUGUAAGAUUUUUAACAUUUGGUCAUUCUUCCUGCACAAGUGAAGAAGAUUGAACUGAGGUUCAGAACAGGGAUGUCCCUUACUGCCAGCACAUUUUGACUUGCAAUAUUGGUGUAAAAAUAAGCCCCUUUCAGACAGAAUCUAAUGGCAAUUUACCAUGUUGGUCUCAUUUCUGAAGAAGCACCAUGGUCACUGUUCUAUAACAGUAAUGAUGGCAAUUUUACCAGUUUGGACACCGUAACAUUUCUGUUUUCCUUUCAACCUAGAACUAAUCUGAAUGACUGCAGUCACAUUGAAGGAUAAGCUUGCGCAUCGUGUGUACCAGUCACAACAGCCAAGGAAGUGAUGCCUAAAAAGCCAUAACCUAAUCCAAAACAUAACUCGGAAGCAGCAGGUUUGACUGCAAAGAAAAAUUGUCAUUGAUGUCUUUUUGGAUAACAAAAAAAUUGCGAUGCCAAGAUCAAAGAGCCAUUCUCCUUUUGUACCAAUGGCGAGAUAAGCAGUACAUUCAACCAUUCCGUACUGUCUAAUCUCACGUGUUGGACGCCAAAUAUUGCAGAUUGAUCAUGGCUCUUUCAGUAACGGUCAUGACUAAAUAAAACCAUAGGGAACAUUAGCAAAUAAUUCACCCGUGUCUGAAUGACACAAAGUUGUCACUUUAACGACAUGACAAAGCCAGUAAUGUUCUGUAGACCAUGUCUGAAAGGGGCUUUAGUAUCCGAAGCUCUGACACUGACAGUUUUUAUGACAAGGUCAUAGUCAGGAUUUGUUUAAAGGUGCCACCAAGCACACUUCAGACUGCACAAUAAUGUAUUGCAAAGGUUUGGGACAGUGAUGUCUCUGGACAUUUUUUGACUAGAUUUAACUAAAUAUGGAAAGCUAAGACAAUGGCGAUUUGUAAGCAAAGUUCUUCAGCCACAAUUUAUGUAAAUGCAGCACCAAGCGCACUUGCGUGGAGUAUGCGAUGCUGGAGAAAGACUGUUGAUAAUUGAACUCAACAGCAAAACAAAUACACCCCUCCCUUCAGUGCUUCUUCAGAAACUCAGUCCCCUAAAUUCACGGACACGCAUUGCCAAAGCAGCAAAACUGGUGCAAUCCAGAGCAUCCGAAGUGGAUACUCUCUAAUAGCUGAGGCAAAACAAACCUUAAAAUAUAAAAUGGCAUCAAAUAAAUGACAUGCAUAUAAACAUCCAAAACACAAUAGAGUAAAAACUAGCGAGAGUACGUUUUUUUUGUUUUGUUUUUUUUUUAGGUUUUUAAUAAGCUAUACCAACAAAAGACAGGAACUUAGCUUUGUAACUAAAACAGUUGUGCUACUUAAAGUAGCAUAUCAGGUUUUACAUCCAACCAGAUAAACCCACUGAGCCAAAUUAAUUUUUUUUAGGCUUUGUGGCUAUAAAACUACUUGCAUGUUGUAGGGUCAAAUAACAUGACACAGAGCAAGCAACGAGAUAGCAAUCUGUUGCUACAGUUGUUGCUGCAAAGCUAACUGUCAGAGAAGACGAGACGGUUUCCCAUAGCCAUCACACCAACAGCAUAUCUCGGCAAACUAAAAAGUAAACCAAAUGUCUGUGGACAAGUAAUUAACAAUACCAAACACACUUAUGUGUGUCUGGUUACCUGCUGGCCAAUAAAGCAGUUGGGGUGAGCUAUUAUAAACAUUAGGCAACGGGACAAAGAGUAUUUACCUAUUGGCUCUGUGAAACACGGCAAAACUAAUGUUACGUACUCGUUAACCAGAAACGGAGCAACCCUGCAUGAAUCUUCAUAUCAUUUAACUCUCGGAGGUCUCUCCACCAUAGUAGAACUUGCCAUCGGCACUACUGGGACAAAUCUCAGUUGGCCAAAACCAUAUGUGUGCCUGUCACUCAGGGUGCAGGCUGGUCCCAGUGGAUAAAUCCAAGGUUUCUUUCCCGCUGCGACAUGCAGUCCACCAUUGGAAAGCCUCACCAAUGUUAACACCCUUGCUUGAUCAUAGCACUUCUUUUUCAAUUUUGGUUCUUCUGACCUUCUCUUAAGUUGUUCCAUGACCAUCUCUACAUCUUGCCAAUGUGAUAAGUAUACGCCGCCAGCAAAGGUUCAUGCAUGCACUCGCCUUAACAUCACCACCAGUCUCAUUUACAGUCCCAAUUAGUUCCAUUCAAAACUCCACAGGCUGGCGGCAACAGAAGUGUAGACUGCUCUUUAUCCAUCCCCUGUCAAUCUUUAAAGUAGCACUAUCUGUUAGCAUGCACAAAUAUCAUCUCUCGCUCCCACUGCCCCCUUUCCCCCGUCUCCGCUCUUCUCUUCUUUCCCUUGUCCUGUGCACGUGCAUGAACGCCCCCUGUUGCUGAUUGCCUGGGAUUGCAGGUCCAAACCACUUUAAAUCCCAUUUAGAGAGCCAGGGCUGUGAAGGGACAGAGCACACACUGAACGGACAGCUAGUUAACCAUGAGGAGAUAUUAACCAAAUCUGACAGUAUCUGAAGUGUAAUAGAUUGGAAUCGCCGCCUCUACCUUUUUAACAGACUCACAGUAACCAUUAGAGGUCUGAAAUGGGAUUUCUGUCCCCUUUUUGAGCACAUUGUGAUGGCAUUAUGGAAGUAAAAAUAGAAAUCUAAGCUUUGACCCUUUUUGAUAGAAGUUCUGAGUCAAGAUUUGUUUAAAGGCAACGCCAAGCACACUUAACAGACUGUAAAGUAAAUUAGAGAGAUUCAGAAUGAUGUUUCCUGUUGCCAGCACAACACAUUUUGACUUGACAUUUUGCAUCACUGGAGUAAACAUUGAAACCAACGCUUUUACACGGACAUUCUUUAACAAUACAUGUACCAGACUCCUCAGUAACUAAGUUACAGAUGUCUGAAACAAGGAUGUUCCUUGUAACCAUCGCAUUUUGACUUUGCAUCAUUAGAGAAAAAAUUUAACCCAAAGCUUUGACACUGACAUUUAAAAAAAGUUCUCAGUCAAGAGUUCUUCAAAGGCCUUCAGGCCGCACCUCACUCAUAUUAGUCCUCUUGAAAAAUUCUUGUCCUUAAACAUCUGAACAAGCGCCACCGACCUACGUGAGGUAGGAAGUCCCAUGCACCUUACGGUUAAAGAGAGGAUGGCAUGUUGUGUGAGUGUGUGUGAGUGCCUGUGUGUGUGUGUGUGUGUGUGUGUUUCCUGUCUUUGGGUAAAUGUGAGGUGCGUUAGCUGCUGUCAGCCAGCUUGUCAGAGACAGGCUGCCCCAGUCCACAGUAGAGGCUCUUCUCUGCAGUUGGGUUACAAUGACGAUGAGUAGUUCUGCAGAGGUCAGUGGACAGUAAAGCCUGGACUUGUUUGCACUGCAGCCAGAGGUAUGCUUACACAGAUCAGCUGAACAAGUAAGGAGCCUCGACCAGUCGAAGGAGGCUGAGAAUCCACAUCGAUUGCACACGGUAAAAUGAAGACUGAUAAAAUAUCAGAGCUGCACAAGACUCAGAAACUGCACUGUGGUGAUGUCAGGAUGACUUCAACAGCUGCAGGUGGUGAUGCAGAUGCAGUACCAGAGGAAUCCAGCAGAGGGCGCACAGUCUGCCGGCCAGAGGGGGGGUGCAAUGUUGACUCUUGCUUUAAGGUUUUGAUAAUAAAUAAAUUCAUAAACUUGAA